AUGGCCAAAGACCACAGAGCCAAAGGGAGUGGAGUACUCCAGUUGACGGCCGUUUUGCCUCCAUCAAUAAUUCGGUCCUGGACAUUUUCUCCGUGCGUUUGCUCAUGGCAAAUUAUCGCAAGAGAUGAAAAUAUCCCAAAUGUCUUGACCCUGAAGAUUCCGGAGUUCUCAAGAACAUGGCUCUGUGGAGGAUUUGAAGUUACCUGCUUCACCUUCCACUGGGAAUUUCUCUUGUGUACGCAGGAUUCCCUCUUGACACUCAUAUCCCAUUUACCGCGGCUGAAUGUGGACGGCUUCCUUGAACAGCCGAGCGCGUAUUUCAAUCGCCUGGAGGAAGAGCAUGUGCGUAAUAUCUGGAACUGUUUAAGCCCUGGAAGUAUGAACACCACAUUGGUCGAAUUCAUAUGCAACAUGAUAUCGUUCAUUCAGGGACCAAUUCCCCACACGGCUCAGCAAACUGUGGGAUCAAUUAGCUCAACUAAUUUCGGCUUGCGAAUAGCAAGUAUUGCCUUAUUCGUUGCGAGCUGGCAAGCAGGGCCAGCCAAUGAAGCUCAGUCACCGGCCCUCAAGGAAGCCCCAGAGCUCGCUGAGUUUAUGCCUUGA